CUCACGUGGCCCAGCCGGCCGGGAGCGCGGAGACCGGCGGGCCAUGGCGGGCUCCGGGCUCUGGUUUUCGCUGCUGCUGGCGGCAGCGUUCGCCGGCCGGGCGCAGGCCCUCUGGCCCUGGCCCCAGUACAUCCAAACCUCCGAUUCGCACUAUGCCAUCUUCCCGUACAACUUCCGGUUCCAGUACCACGUCCGUUCGGCCGCACAGCCGGGCUGCUCCGUCCUCGACGAGGCCUUCCAGCGCUACCGCGACCUGCUCUUCGGCUCCGGCUCUUGGCAGCCUCCUGAACGCACAAGAAAACAGCAACCGGAGAAGAAUUCAUUGGUUAUCCAUGUGGUCCUUCCUGGAUGUGACCAGCUUCCUUCUUUGGAGUCGGUGGAAAAUUACACCCUGGUCGUAAAUGAUAAUCAUUGUCUCCUCUUCUCUGAGACUGUCUGGGGAGCUCUCCGAGGUCUGGAGACUUUUAGCCAGCUAAUUUGGAGAUCUCCUGAGGGCACGUUCUUUAUCAACAUGACCAGGAUUGAAGACUUUCCCCGCUUCCCUCACCGGGGCUUGUUGUUGGAUACGUCUCGCCAUUACCUGCCACUGACUAGCAUCCUGGACACUCUGGACGUCAUGGCAUACAAUAAAUUCAAUGUGUUCCACUGGCAUCUGGUCGACGACUCUUCCUUCCCAUAUGAGAGCUUCACUUUUCCAGAGCUCACCAGAAAGGGGUCCUACAAUCCUGUCACCCAUGUCUAUACAGCACAGGAUGUGAAAGAGGUGAUUGAGUAUGCACGGCUUCGGGGUAUCCGUGUGUUGGUAGAGUUUGACACUCCUGGCCACACUCUGUCCUGGGGACCAGGUUUCCCUGGAUUAUUGACUCCUUGCUACUCUGGGUCUCAUCCCUCUGGCACCUUUGGACCAGUAAAUCCCAUUCUCAACACUACCUAUGAAUUCAUGAGCACGUUCUUCUUGGAGGUCAGCUCUGUCUUCCCAGAUUUUUAUCUUCACCUUGGAGGAGAUGAGGUUGAUUUCACCUGCUGGAGGUCCAACCCAGAUAUCCAGGCCUUUAUGAAGAAGAAAGGCUUUGGUAAUGACUUCAAGCAGCUGGAGUCCUUCUAUAUCCAAACACUGCUGAACAUCGUCUCUGCCUAUGGCAAGGGCUAUGUGGUGUGGCAGGAGGUGUUUGAUAAUAAAGUGAAGGUUCCUCCAGAUACAAUCAUCCAGGUAUGGCGAGAAGAGGUACCAGUAAAUUAUUUGAAGGAGCUGGAGCUAAUCACCAGAGCUGGCUUGCGUGCCCUGCUCUCUGCCCCCUGGUACCUGAAUCACAUAACUUAUGGCCCUGACUGGACAGAUCUCUACAUGGUGGAGCCUCUGGCAUUUGAAGGUAGCACUCAGCAGAAGGCUCUAGUGAUCGGUGGAGAGGCCUGUAUGUGGGGAGAGUAUGUGGACAGCACAAAUCUGGUCCCCAGACUCUGGCCCAGGGCAGGGGCUGUUGCUGAAAGGCUGUGGAGCAACGAGUCGGUGACUCUCCUGGACUUUGCCUUAAAACGUCUGACACAAUUCCGCUGUGAGCUACUAAGGCGAGGUGUCCAGGCCCAACCCCUCAAUAUAGGCUACUGUGAGCAGGAGUUUGAACAAACCUGAGCAAGCAGCCCCAGGCACUGAAGAGGGUGCUGGCGCUAGGAGAGUAGUAGUGGGGGCAGGCUUCCACUGCAUCCCAGCCGGGGGACGGAGCCCCUUGCCCACAUGCCCCUAUGCCUGGAGAGAAGGGGGCUGGUGUUGGUGCUAGCGUCCAAUAAAGAGUGAUGUGGCUUUUUUCCAUAAUGAACAU